AUGAGUUUAGAGGCCAUCAGAUUUAACAGAAUUAACCCUAAAAAAAUUUCUGUGGAAGUAUUAGAUCAAUUGCUACUACCAUAUGUUACGAAAUACUUACCUAUUUAUAACAUUUCAGACGGUUAUGCUGUGAUUAAAUCUAUGCAAGUUAGAGGUGCUCCCGCUAUUGCAAUUGUUGGUGCUUUGUCAGUUUUGUUAGAAACCCAACAUUUAUUAAAUACACAGGAUAAAUUGGAAACAUCAAUUUAUGGGUCCGAUUUACAAAACUGGGGUGCUAUAAAGUUUAAGUUAUUUACAAGAUUAGAUUUCCUGCUGAGUAGUAGACCAACUGCAGUUAAUUUGUCCAAUGCGUUAAAGGAUAUUAGAUUGAUUGCAUUAGACCCUAAAAUCACUAGCUUAGAAUCAUUUAACCAAUUUUUAUUCACUUUUGUUUGCAAGUUGGUUGAUGAUGAUUUAAGUAAUAAUAUAAAAAUGGGUAAUAAUGGUGCCAAGUUUUUAUUGGAUUCCUUAAAAGCUGAAAAUUUUAAUGAAGAUUUUGCUGUUUUAACUAUUUGUAACACUGGUUCAUUGGCAACUUCAGGUUAUGGGACUGCAUUAGGUGUUAUUCGUUCUUUAUGGAAUGAUUCUCAAUCAAAAGUAGGGUUAUUGCCAUCAGAACAAGCUCUUUCGGAUUCUAAAGCAAAACUAACUCAUGUCUAUCCUCUGGAAACAAGACCUUACAAUCAAGGUAGUAGAUUAACAGCAUAUGAGUUGAUUCACGAUAAGAUUCCUACUACUUUAAUCACAGAUAGUUCAAUUGCAUAUCGUAUAAAAACAUCAAAAAUCCCCAUUAAGGCUGCAUUUGUUGGUGCAGAUAGAAUUGUUCGAAACGGUGAUACAGCUAAUAAAAUCGGUACAUUCCAAUUAGCAAUAAUUUGUAAACAAUUUGGUAUUAAAUUCUUUGUGGUAGCUCCAAAGACUACCAUUGAUAAUGUCACUGAGACCGGUGAUGGUAUCAUUGUUGAAGAACGUAAGCCAAAUGAAAUGAAACUGGUCACUGGUACAUCAAUGCAUCCUGAAACUGAAGAAGUUUUAAUUGAUGAAAAAUCAGGCAGCAUUAUGACUCAUAAAGUUGGUAUUGCUCCACCAGAUGUCGAUGUUUGGAAUCCAUCAUUUGAUGUUACACCAUAUAAUUUUAUCACUGGUAUUGUAACAGAAGAAGGUGUCUUCACUAGAAACCCCAAAACUGAUAAGUUUGAACUAGACGAAUUAUUUUAA